AUGACGCUAGCGAUAGCCCGGCCAACUGGUGCGUUUGCUCUGCGUUUUGGUACGUACCUCGUCCACAUCCUGCCUGCAACUUCCCCAGCUUGGGAGGACACGCAAGUGACAACUGGCGCCAUGGCGCCCCUACCCAUCAAGUUUCAGGAGCUCGUCCAGCUCGGCAGUGUCGGCGUUGACGCGCAAUCCAUUGGCUUCAACUCCUGCACUCUCGAAUCCGACUCGUACAUUUGCAUCCGAGAACAAAAGAGCGAGGGAGCCCAACCAGAAGUCGUCAUUGUAGAGCUCAAGCAUGGCAACAACGUCACACGUCGACCUAUCAAGGCCGACAGCGCCAUCAUGCACUGGAGCAAGCAGAUUAUUGCCCUCAAGGCGCAGUCGAGGACGCUACAGAUCUUCGACCUCGAGCAGAAGAAGAAGCUCAAGUCUUGCACAAUGAACGAGGAUGUCCAGUUUUGGAGAUGGGUCGGCGACAACACUCUCGGCCUCGUCACUACCACUAGCGUAUACCACUGGGACAUUGCCGAUGCUACCCAGGAGAGCCCCGUCAAGGUCUUUGAGCGCAAUGCCAAUCUCAAUGGGUGCCAGAUCAUCAACUACCGCGUUAACAGCGACGGCAAGUGGAUGGUAGUCGUUGGCAUCUCCCAGCAGCAGGGUCGUGUCGUUGGCGCCAUGCAGCUCUACUCCAAGGAUCGCGGUAUUAGCCAGGCCAUCGAGGGUCAUGCCGCCUCCUUCGGCACACUUCGCCUUGAGGGCGCUCCUCAAGACACGAAGCUCUUCAGCUUUGCUGUGCGUACGGCUACCGGCGCCAAGCUCCAUGUUGUCGAGGUCGAUCAUGCCGAAUCGAAUCCCGUCUUCCAGAAGAAGGCAGUCGACAUCUUCUUCCCUCCCGAGGCCACAAACGACUUCCCUGUCGCACUUCAAGUCUCCCAAAAAUACGGCGUGGUCUACAUGGUCACCAAGUAUGGCUUUAUCCAUCUCUACGAUCUCGAGACGGCCACUCUGAUCUUCAUGAACCGCAUCUCGAGCGAAACCAUCUUCACGACCUGCGCCGACAGUGUCUCGGCUGGUCUAGUGGGUAUCAACCGCAAGGGCCAGGUGCUCUCGGUGACCGUCGACGAGACCACCGUUAUCCCCUAUCUUCUGGACAAUCCCGCCAAUACCGAGAUUGCCAUCAAGCUGGCCUCUCGAGCCGGUCUGCCUGGUGCCGACAACCUCUACGCCAGACAGUUUGACCAGCUCUUCAACGCCGGAAACUAUCAGGAAGCUGCCAAGAUUGCCGCCAACUCCCCCCGUGGCUUCCUCAGAACCGCCGAGACUAUCGAAAAGUUUAAACGUCUUCCUACCCAACCCGGUCAGAUGGCUUUCACCCUCCAGUAUUUUGGCAUGCUGCUCGACAAAGGUGCCCUCAACGAGCACGAGACGAUCGAGCUGGCGCAGCCCGUCCUGCAGCAGAACCGGAAGCACCUUCUCGAGAAAUGGCUUAGCGAAAACAAGCUGGACUGCUCCGAGCGACUUGGUGACAUGGUUCGUCCGUUGGACGUAAACAUGGCCUUGACCAUUUACCUCAAGGCCAAUGUGCCCCAAAAGGUCGUCGCUGGAUUCGCCGAGACCGGACAGUUCGACAAAAUCCUACCAUACUCCGCCCAGACCGGCUAUAAGCCCGACUACAUUCAGUUGCUUCAGCAUAUUAUUCGUGUCAACCCCGAGAAAGGUGCUGAGUUCGCCACGGCUCUCGCCAAUAGCGAGCAGGGCCCUCUCGUCGAUUUCGAGCGCGUCUGCGACAUAUUCCAGUCCCAGGGCAUGGUCCAACAGGCUACUGCAUUCCUCCUUGAUGCCCUCAAAGACAACAGACCUGAGCAUGCUCGUCUUCAGACCAGACUUUUGGAGAUGAAUUUGAUGCACGCUCCUCAGGUUGCCGAGGCUAUCCUCGGCAACGACAUGUUCACCCAUUUUGACAAGGGUCGCAUUGCCCAGCUUUGCGAACAGGCUGGUCUUCCUCAGAAAGCCUUGGAGCUCUACGAAGACCCCGAGGCCAUCAAGCGUGUUGUUGUUAACAUUCCGGGUAGCCCGAACUUCAACCCCGAGUGGCUCUCUGGUUUCUUUGGCAAGCUGUCUGUCGAACAGUCUCUAGACUGCCUUGAUGCGAUGAUGAAGUCCAACAUCCGUCAAAACCUGCAGUCUGUCGUCAACAUUGCCACCAAGUACUCUGAGCUUCUUGGACCUGUCCGACUCAUCGAUCUCUUUGAAAAGUACAAGACCUCUGAGGGUCUUUUCUACUACCUAGGGAGCAUCGUCAACCUGUCCGAGGAGCCCGAUGUGCACUUCAAGUACAUUGAGGCCGCUACCAAGAUGGGCCAGUUUAACGAAGUUGAGCGCAUCUGCCGGGAUAGCAACAGCUACAACCCCGAGAAGGUGAAAAACUUCCUCAAGGAGGCUAAGCUUCCAGAGCAGCUACCUCUCAUCAUCGUCUGUGAUCGAUUCAACUUUGUCCACGACCUCAUCCUGUUCCUUUACCAGAACAAGCAGUUCCAGGCUAUCGAGUCCUACGUCCAGCGUGUCAACCCUUCGCGCACCCCCGCCGUUGUCGGUGGCCUCCUCGAUGUUGACUGCGAGGAAAGCAUCAUCAAGCAGCUUCUCAGCACUGUCAAUGCUCAGGAGAUUAGUAUCGAUGAGCUUGUCGCCGAGGUUGAGUCUCGUAACCGCCUGAAACUCCUCCUGCCUUUCCUCGAGGCCACUCUUCAGGCUGGCAACCAGCAGCAAGCUGUUUUCAACGCUCUCGCCAAGAUCUACAUCGACUCCAACAACAACCCUGAGAAGUUCCUCAAGGAGAACGACCAGUACGACACUCUCACGGUCGGUAAAUACUGUGAGAAGCGUGAUCCCAAUCUCGCAUAUAUUGCCUAUUCCAAGGGUCAGAACGAUCUCGAGCUCGUCAACAUUACCAAUGAAAACUCCAUGUACCGUGCUCAGGCUCGUUACCUGCUUGAGCGCUCCGACAACGAGCUGUGGAACUUUGUCCUGAGCGAGAACAACAUUCACCGACGCUCUGUUGUUGACCAGGUCACCGCCACGGCUGUCCCUGAGUCGACCGACCCUGCCAAGGUUUCUGUUGCUGUUUCUGCGCUGCUUGAGAAUGAUCUGCCACUCGAGCUCAUUGAGCUACUCGAGAAGAUCGUUCUUGAACCUUCUCCCUUUAGCGACAACCAGAACCUUCAAAACCUUCUUUUGUUUACCGCUGCCAAGGCUGACAAGGGCCGUGUCAUGGACUACAUUCACAAGCUUGACGGCUAUAGCGCCGAUGAGAUCGCCACGUCCUGCAUUGACGUCGGCCUGCACGAAGAGGCUUUUGAAAUCUACAAGAAGGCUGACAAUAAAUCCGAGGCUGUCAACGUUCUUGUCGAUCACGUCGUGAGCAUCGACCGCGCUCAAGCGUAUGCCGAGGAGGUUGACCUACCUCAGGUCUGGAGCAAGGUUGCUAAGGCCCAGCUCGAUGGCCUACGUGUCACUGAUGGUAUUGAUUCUUACAUCAAGGCGGAGGACCCAUCCAACUACAACGAAGUGAUUGAGAUUGCCACCCAUGCUGGCAAGAACGAGGACCUCGUCCGUUACCUCCGCAUGUCUCGCAAGACUCUUCGCGAGCCUACCAUUGACACCGCCCUUGCCUUCUCUUACGCUCGACUUGACCAGCUCUCCGAGCUCGAGGACUUCCUCCGCGCCACCAACGUCGCCAACAUUGAGGAGUCUGGAGACAAGGCCUACAAUGAGGGACUCUACGAGGCCUCCAAGAUUUUCUUUAGCAGCAUCUCAAACUGGGCCAAGCUCGCUACCACCCUCGUCCACCUUGAAGAUUAUCAGGCUGCCGUUGACUGCGCCCGCAAGGCCAACAACAUCAAGGUCUGGAAGCAGGUUCAUGGCGCUUGCGUUAAUAAGAAGGAGUUCCGUCUCGCUCAGAUCUGCGGUCUGAACCUCAUCGUCGACGCAGAGCAGCUGCUAGAACUUGUCAAGGACUACGAAUACAAUGGCUACUUUGAUGAGCUUAUCAGCCUUCUCGAGCAGGGUCUUGGCCUUGAGCGCGCUCACAUGGGUAUGUUCACUGAGCUUGGCAUUGCUCUAUCCAAGUACCAUCCCGAGCGACUCAUGGAACACAUCAAGAUCUUCUGGUCCAGAAUGAACAUGCCCAAAAUGAUCCGCGCGUGCGAGGAAGCCAACCUGUGGCCCGAGCUGGUUUUCUGCUACUACCACUAUGACGAAUUUGACAACGCUGCUCUUGCUGUCAUUGAGCGGCCGGAGAACUCGUGGGAUCAUCAGCAGUUUAAAGAGAUCAUCGUCAAGGUAGCCAACUUGGAAAUCUACUACCGCGGUAUCAAGUUCUACGUUGAACAACACCCCUCAUUGCUCACGGACCUACUUGCUGCUCUGACUACCCGUGUUGAUGUCAACCGUGUGGUCAAGAUGUUCCAGAAGAAUGAUAGUCUGCCCCUCAUCAAACCAUUCCUGCUCAAUGUACAGAGCCAGAACAAGCGCACUGUCAACGAGGCUGUCAACGAUCUGCUCAUCGAAGAGGAGGACUAUAAGACGCUGCGUGACUCAGUCCAAAACUAUGACAACUACGACGCCGUUGAGCUAGCUAGCCGUCUUGAGAAGCAUGACCUGAUCUUCUUCCGUCAAGUUGCUGCCAAUAUCUACCGCAAAAACAAGCGCUGGGAGAAAUCGAUUGCCUUAUCGAAGCAAGACAAGCUGUUCAAAGAUGCCAUUGAAACCGCUGCUAUUUCCGCCAAGUCCGAUAUUGUUGAAGAUCUCCUUCGCUACUUUGUCGACAUUGGCCACCGCGAAUGUUACACUGGCAUGUUGUACUCUUGCAACGAUCUCAUCCGCCCCGAUGUUGUUCUUGAGCUGUCAUGGCGCCAUGGUCUUAGCGACUUCACCAUGCCCUACAUGAUCAACAUUCUUGCCCAGCAGACCAAGGAGCUUGCUCUGCUCAAGGCCGACAACGAGGCCCGCAAGCUCAAGGAAAAGGAACAAACAAAGACGGAAGAUAACACUCCCAUCCUGGGUGCUGGCCGCCUGAUGAUCACUUCCGGUCCCGGCAGUGCCGCCUCGCCUGCUCCUGGCUAUGGCCAGGCGAAUGGUUUCGCCCCUCAGCCCACCGGUUACGGAUUUUAA